UGUCAAAGUCAGAUUUUCAGACAUUGAAUUAUUGAAGUUUGAAUAUUUCUCGAAAUAAAAUAAAAUUGUGCAAGCUAAAUGUGCGUAAAUGAGACUUAAAUAAAGUUUAUUAGUUAUAUUUUUUAGUUAGUUAUAUAAUUAGUAGAACAGUGUAAACUUUAUUAGUUGGUAACAGAAUUUAAAUAAAUAAUCUUUGCCAUUGACUGUAAUAUAAGUGCAAGUGAUCGAAAAGGUUAUGUUUUGGUGUACCACGUGAAUAUUUUCCUGAUGAAUUCUGAUUUUUGAGUGAUAAUUGCGAUUAUUAAGCAUUUAAAACUAUGGGGAAAAUGGAUGACGAGUUUUAUUCGGGUGUUGACGACGUAAAAAGUAGCAAAGAACCAGCAGAACGGAAUGGCCGCAUUAUCGUGCGUAAUAUUUCGUUCAAAGCCACAAAGGAGGCGUUAAAAGAACACUUCUCUAAAUAUGGUACAGUGCAAGAAGUGAAUUUGCUGAAGAAACCUGAUGGGAAACUGGUCGGGUGUGGCUUUGUCCAUUUUGCUGAUGUCACACAAGCUGAAAAGGCUAUUGCUGCCACAAACAAGAAACCAUUCUUAGAUCGCCCCAUACACGUUGCAUUUGCGGUGUCUAAAAAGGCAUAUGUGCAGAAUAUGGAGAACAACCCUAAACAGCGGUUCAAUGGUACCUCUGAAGAUGACAACAACUUAUUUAAAGAUAAAGAAGAAACAGACAAGUCUACGGAGGAAAAGCAAAAGAAAGAAAGAAUCAACCGUAAUGCUCGUCUAGUAGUCCGAAAUGUAUCUUUUAAGGCUACCGAAGAAACCUUGAAAGAGCAUUUUGCACCUUAUGGCGAUAUAUUAGAAGUCAAAUUGCUUAAAAAACCAGAUGGUAAACUAGUGGGAUGUGCUUUUGUUCAUUUCAAAAAUGUACCCAUGGCUAAGAAGGCUCUGUUGAACACAAACAUGAAACCUUUCCUUGGUCGUCCCAUUUCCGUGGAUUGGGCAGUGGCCAAGAACAAGUACAUGCAGCAUGUGGUCAGCCAACAGCUGGAGAUGGAGGAAAAGGUGAAGAAGGAAGAAUCAGAUAGCGACGACGAUGACAACAAACCACCACUCAAUGUCUCCGCUGAUGACAUCAAGGAUGAGAUCAAGAGUGAGAGUGAAUCAGAAGCGGAGUCUGAUGAAGAAGGUGAUUCUGAUAGCGACGGUGAUGAUAAAGCUGACGUUAAGGAUGAGUCUGAUGACGAGGAUGGUGAUAGUGAUGAUCAGGAUGAUGAUGAUGAUGAUGAUGAUGAUGAAGAGGUCGAGGGUGAUGAGGAGUCCGAAGCUGGAUUUAAACAGGAACACCAGAGGAUAAAGCUAAACGACGCAGAGGACGGGUGCACGGUGUUUAUAACCAACAUCCCGUUCAGCGUGGACAACGAGCAGCUGAGGCAGUUCGCUGAGAACAUCGGCCCUGUGAAGUACGCACUCAUCUGUGUCGACAAAAUGACUGAGCAUUCCAAGGGAACUGGAUUCGUCAAGUUUGUUGACAAAGAGCAUGCAGAUGCCUUCCUAUCGUUACCGGCAGAUCAGCUGCGGUUGGAGGGUCAAACGUUGUCAGUGAAGCCGGCACUCAAGCGGGAGAACUUACAGAAAGGCAAUAAGAAAGAAGCUAAAGACAACAGGAACUUGUAUCUUGUUAAAGAAGGAGUGGUGGUGGCGGGCACGAAGGCGGCGGUGGGCGUGUCGGCCUCCGACAUGGCCAAGCGACUGGCUCUGGAGCGCAGCAAGACACAGAUGUUGAAGAAUCUCAACAGGUUCGUGUCCCGGUACCGGCUAGUGGUGUCGAACCUGCCGGCGCACUACGACGACGCCAAGCUGCGCAGACUGUGCGCGGGCGCCGGCGACCGGCGCGCCGUCGUCACCGAGUGUCGCGUCAUGAGGGACCUGCGGACCCCGCCCGGACCCGACGGGAAGAACCCGUCAAAAGGCUACGGCUUCGUAAUGUUCACGCGACACGAGGACGCUCUAGCGUGUCUGAGGAAACUGAACAACAAUCCCGAUGUAUUUGAUAAAAACAAUAGGCCCAUCGUCUCCUUCUCAAUAGAAGACAGAACAGCAUUGAACGCAAGAAAGAAAAGAUUAGAGAAAUCCAUAGCCAAUAACCCGCUCGCAAACAAAGAUGGCGGCCAAACCACAGACAAGAGAAACAGGAAACGGAAACCAGAAACAUCACCAGACGAAAGUUACGCUAAGAGACGGAAGUUUGGGAAACUGAAUAAUAAGUUCAAUAAAAAUAAUAACCAGGGAGAUGACAACAGGCAACAGAACACUCAAAAUCAAAGUCCUGCUAAUUUUAAUAGGAAUAAUAAGAAUGGAAGGCAGAAUAGAUUUAAUAAGGGGCCGCGACAAAAUGAUGGGGCCGGUCAAUUUGUGAAGAAACCAAGAAAUAAUGAUUAUGGCGAGUAUACAGGGCUAACUGCUAAGGAAGGCUCCCAACACAAAAUGCGAAGCAACCAUAAACUAAAAGCACAAGCGGAAAUCCAUAGACAAACAGUAAAAACAGAGAAGAAGAUGAGUAAGAGAGCCCAAAGACUCAAGAUGGCGGCGAAAGAGAGGAUAAAGUUGCCCAAACAGAAGAUUAAUAAGAAUCCGAAUAAAAAGAGAAAGAAACAUUUUACACAGUCAAAGUUUGACAGGUUUUUGUAAGCUUUCAAACUUGGACAAGUGUGGGAGAGCCAUGCUUCGGCACGAAUGGGCCGGCUCGACCGGAGUAAUACCACGGCCUCACAGAAAGCCGACGUGAAACAACGCUUGCGUUGUGUUUCGUUGUGUGAGUGAGGUUACCGGAGGCCCAAUUCCUCCCUUCCCAAUCUUCCCAAUCCCCGAUUCCCGAACAACAACCCUUAAAUUCCUAACCCCCAAAAAGCCGGCAACGCACUUGUAACGCCUCUGGUGUUUCAAGUGUGCAUGGGCGGCGGCGAUUGCUUACCAUCAGGUGAUACGUCUGCUCCUCCUCUGUGUUCCAUAAAAAUAGCCGUUCAUUCGAACCGGCCAAUGACUAUAAUGUUAGCCAACUAGGUUUAAUGAGAUAAAUAGACAUUCGCUAGUUCAUUCGAACCGGCCAAUCAGUACCCUUAGUACGAGUUUGUUUUACGUUUAAAGUAAUCAAAACGAGAGCGCAUUGGCCGGCUCUAAUAAACCAACCGAUCAGUACUAAGGGUACUGGGAUCUCUAACUAUCUCGUUUCUAAGUAUGUGAACAUAACAUACAUUUUGAUUUAUGUUACUAUUGUAAAUAAAUUGUUAAGCGAAUUAUAUUGUUUACUUUA